GCCAAAGUUUGGAGAAUUGCACACUUAGACAACUUGUAUAGAACAUAGUUUAGGGACACUGUCAUGUCCGCUCAUUACUCAGACCCUUAGUCGGGCCAACCACAUGUGACCAGGGGCUAGCUAGCCAUUCCUUUGCCCACCCUCAAGAUAGAUGUCUGUCACAUGAACUUUUUGACUCUGACAGGAACAUAUACCCUCAAGCAAUUUUUUUGUGUCUGACUUGAAUUUGCUUGGCCCCAGGUUUGGGAGUUCUGUUAGAAAGGUUUAGUUGAUCUACUGUUGACAUAUCUCUUUGAGUGGAGGGUGGAAACUGAUGACUGUUGUGCUGAUUUGUCGGUGUUGCUCUUCCUGUUCAUUGAUAGGACGCCAGCACCCACGUCAGACCCACAUGUGAUGCUGGACACUUGUAAAACUUGUCGAAUUAUGACGGUGUAAUAUGUGAGGAGGGCCCCUAGUGAUUAAGUAGUAUUAUAUGCAGUGUGAUUCAGCGGAUGUACCUACAUACACAUGAACAUAUAUUUUCUUCUCUUUAAGUUAAUUGGCAAUUCAAUAAUCAUUUCUUGGUCUGUUAGGAUUAUUUAUGGUGCUGAAUGAGAGGAUAGAAGUAAACAUUUACAUAUUUGUCAGUAAUUGAUCUAAGAAUAGUUUUAUUGAAUUGUCAAUUUUCUCUAUGCUGUGGAUGUACUGAAAGGAAAAGCGACUAAGGAUUACAAAGAUUGAUCAGGUUUUGUGUGUGUUGUUGCUGUACAGAGAUGACUAUGCACAUGGUGCAGAAUCAGAUGACGCCUACGUACCAGUAUGCGGCGCCAACGCCAACAGCCCUGGAGGAAUACACUGGUCAUCCCCAGGUCGUAGUCAGUCAACCAGCCACAGUAGUGUCCGCAGAAGCAGCCCCACCCCUACAAUUCAAACCCCAGGACACGCCCUACCCCGUCACCACGGUAACUCCCAACGGGGGCGUGGAGCAGCAGACGGUAAGGCCGACGAGACAGAUCAAUGGACAAACAUAUCUCUCCAGGCCUAUAGCUUAUGAGCAAAUGCAAACAGACCUUGAGGAGGGAUCACAAGUACAGAUGUCACCAACAGUGGCAGCAGCUGCAGCACAGAACCUUGCGAUUGGGCCAAAACGUCUUCAUGUGUCAAAUAUUCCAUUUAGAUUCAGAGAAGCAGACUUAAAAAACCUAUUAGGGCAAUUUGGUAAAAUCAUAGAUGUUGAAAUCAUCUUCAAUGAAAGAGGAUCAAAGGGAUUUGGUUUUGUAACUUUCGAAACUAGCGCGGAGGCUGACCGAGCACGAGAGAAAAUGAACGGCACUGUGGUUGAGGGCAGAAAGAUUGAGGUUAACAAUGCCACUGCCCGAGUUAUGACCAAAAAAACUGUCGCUGCUCCCACAAUCCCAAAUGGAUUUCCCCAAGCAGUUGCAGGCAAUCCCAGCGCUGCUGCAGCAUUACGAGGCGUUGCCUUGACCAGAGGACGGGCGGCAGCUGCCGUAGCCGCACGAGGAGCAUAUGCCAAUGUAGCAGCAGCUGCAGCUGCUGCGGCAGCGUUCCGACAUCCUACACCUUUAGCGGCCACCGCUACAGCACUGCCUUACGCAGCGGGCAUGUACCAGGACCCGUUCCUAGCGGCAACGUAUGCAGCCGCUGAAAGAUACCAGCUCCCCCAGUUGGUGACGACACAGCCCUACCCUACAGCGGCUGCAGGCUAUGCUACCGCUGCCACCCGCUACGCAAUCCCUGCCGCUAUGGCUGCCACAGGAGCAACAUAUGCUGCCGCAGGGUCCAUUCCGUAUGCCGGAAGAGAGUAUGCGACAGACCCCUACCUUGGACACAGUAUUGGACCAGUUGCCGGUUAUGGAGCGACAAUGUAUCGUGGGGCCUAUCAGAGAUUCACGCCCUACUGAUGUACUAGAGUUGAUUGUGAGAGAAAGGAUUGGAAAGGAGUGAACUAACAAAGCAGCGGUCAUGUGAUAAACUCUGCAGUGUUGUCAUGUGGAUCUGUGGAGUUGAGGUGGAGCUGCCGUCAACAGUAUUCGCCCUAUUUAACUCUUGAAGCAGACCAGACUGUGAAGUGCAAUGUUCUCAUCAGUGCUGAAUUGGUGCUUUUUCACUUUAUUUUGUAAUAUUUGAUUGUAUGUUUUUAUUUUUAAAUCAGCACUGAUUUGAGAUUUUGAAAUACUUGCUGCCAUUUUUAAGAUUCUUCCAUUCUGAUCGGUUCAGUCCUUGAAACGCAAAUCCCCAAUGAGAUCAUAGGAAAAUACCUCAAAGCUUCCAUUGUGCUGAAACAGUUUUGUUGGAUUUGUUUUUGGAGGAUAUUGAGGGAAUUUAACUGCAUCCACAUGCAACUGUCAGUAUUAAAUCAAAAUUUGUCAAUAUUGGAUGCGAUUGUAAGUUUGUUAUUUCCGUUAUGUAGUUGUGUUGUAGGUCAGACCCAGUAUAAAUGUAGACCUACCACCAGUCAUGUGUGUUGUUGGACGAUCAGAGACGGAUAACUAGUAUCCGUCUACCGUCGUUCUAAAGUCAUUAUUUAUUGUAUACAAACACUCUUAUUUAUUCAUCUGUAUAUAUAUUAUUAAAACCACUCAAGCGUUUCAAGGACUGAACAACGGUUAUGCAUCACUGAUCGUGCUAUCCACACCAUGACCAUGGUGCAUGACUCUUGUUGACAGAAUGUAGAAUGAAUGGUGGGGCCGUUUUGGGUCAUAAGGAUGGAAUAUAUACUUAUUAUUGAUGAUGAAUGUACAUACUAAAUACUCAUAAUGCAGUGAGCUUUAUUUUGAACAAAUGCAUCUAGUCAAAUUCACACUGUUUUACCUCAUGCCAAGUUAAGGGGUGAAUCAUCCUAUGUGAGCACUGGUAAUGGUCACACACACUAGCGUCUUGUCGUGCUGUUAAUUUAGGCCCUACCAAUCAGUCAUGUCACUGGAAAAAAGCAAAAGUGACUUUGAAAAAUACAGCCUCAGAUUAGGUAUUGAAUUAAAUAUCUAAAAUCAUCUCAUAUUUGUUAUUACAUUUCAAAAUAGAAAUUUUGUAAUUCGGUAAAUUUGAUAUUUGUUCAAAGAUACAACAUUGAGUUUACAAUGAUUUUCAGAUGUUGAUGGAGAGUCAAAAGCAGGAAAUUUUAUCAUGACGUUUAAAUUUAUACUAGGGUUGGUAUUUUGCCAAAGCGUAUUACUCAUAACUUCAAUGCUAGACUGCAUUUGAUACUAGGUUAUAAUACUAAAUUGAUACCUUUUAUUUUUGGCGAGAUUUUAAAUUUUGAAUUCAGGUUUAUUUGAAAAAAUCUUUUUAAUAUUAGAUGUAUGAUUGUAAUAGGGAGUUAUGGUAGGGCCAGUAGACCUGGAAGAGUAUAGUACAUCAAUAUUCUCAAGGUUUGCUGUGAACACAGCAGCAAGGGGCUUCCCAUCUAUAUAAUAAUUUUUUCCAUCACUCUUAUGUGCAAUUAAAACACUCAACAUUUUACAUACAUCAUUUUUUGGGAUGGAGAUGAGCGUAACGAUGCUUGUCUAUGCAUGUUCAUUUGAGUAUGUAACUGAACUCUUAACAUUCUGCAGCAAAGGUCAACCUUACACACUAGUCAAGGUCUAAUCAAAUUGAAAUCAGCAUCAUAGGUCAAGGUCAAAGUCAAAUUUGAAAGUAAAGUUGUGCUUAAACCUUAUGCUAGUCCAGGUCAAAUUUAAUCUUAAAUGCAAAGGUCAAAGGUGAUGCUAUUUUGGUGAGGUAUUUUAACAGUGUCUUAAUGCUUUUGGUUCUGUUUGAGAAAUGAUAAGAGAUUGGUUAGUAGAUCUUUUUUUUCUACAAUGUAUACAUUUGUUUUCUUUUUUUUAAAUGUUCUUCAUCAACUCAUUGUUCAUUCACAGUUUCUUCCAGUAUGCUUGUACAGUAAGCAUGAGAGCAUGGUGCUAGGAAGGGUUGGUACCAUGAGCGGGUGAGCGUGAGAAAGGUUAUUGAGAUGUGAGAUUGUGGGAGUGAUACUGAAAAAUAUAAUUGGAAUACUAGUCGACUCUUAUAAUAGUUAUAUAAUAUUACAAUGUUACUUUUCAUAAUUUAAGAAGUAAGUUCAUACAUGUUAUUAUUGAAAGAUGUUCGUUACUGGAACAUUCUUGCCAAAAGAAAAUUUCUUGCCCUUGGUGUAUUUUAUCAAUGAUUUAUUAUCAGUUCUAUUGUUAAUAUUACAGAUAUGCUUAAAUUUCUACGCAAUAUUUUUUUUUCAAAGUUUGAUCUGCCCAAAGUUUUUUGCUAAAUUUUUCAUUUUAAGUUUUCUCUUUUUAUUUUAGAGAUUUGUUGAAAGUAUCACUUCUUUAUUCUAUUCUGUUAAUAAAAUCGUUCUUUCGAUUAAUUGAAACAUCCUAUAUGAUAUUACUUAACUUUUUUAUUUUGAUAAGUCUGAUACAGCUACCUGUGACCUAAUGAUGUAAAAACUGUCAGCAUUAUUGUGUGAAAGAUUGUUAACAUUUAAGAUGACUCCUCCUUUUUUGUUCACACUAUUUUACUGUAAAGCAAUCUCAUUUUGUUUCUGAGGGCAGAGCAGGUUUUAUUAUAUAUUAUGAAUAUUGUAUUCUUCCAACUUUUGUUGUCAAAUUUUUAUACAUGUUGAUAUGUAAAAAGACUUAUUGCACACAACAUAAACUGCAAAUUUGAAAAAAGAAAAGAUGAAUGUCCCAUCUUUUUUUUUUAAUGAUGAUAAUCAAAAUUUUCAGCAGAUGUCAAAAAUACAACAAGAUUUUGUUAAAAGAUGUGGAUUGUUGAGUCGUGAUUAUCUCAAGGUGCAAUAAAAAAACAAAUUACAGAGCGAAGGAGUAAAAUCUUUCGCUAAAGCAACAGUGAAAACACUUAUGUUUGUGUUGGAACAUUGUUAUUUUGAGAUUGCAUUGAUGGCGCAUCUUUGGGAAACAUUAGACAUUGUGUACCGUAGGGCAACAUGCACAGGUACUGACUGUUGGUUGAGAAUGAUGAUAAUAUUGAUAUGUACAUUUAUUGUUUGUGUAUUGAAUUUCUCAUCUUUUCUUCUUUUUUUAAUAUUCUGUUUUCAUAUUAAUCAUCUAAUGUUUGUGUAGAAUGUUAGCCUGGAUGUACAUUUGUGUGUAUAUAUAUACUACAACAAUGGCGACAAAGACGACGACAGAUUUUGUCUAGCUGUUGUUCGUCGAGUUGGCCAAUUCCCGAGAGCUUCCUCGGAGAGAGAAUUGGGCAUGUCAGGGGCAUGAUGGGAUGUGUCAUACACGCAUGAUUUGAAUGAACUACUGAUAUGAAGGUGAGAACCAUUAAUACAGCAUGAGUGUCUCCGACAAGUUGAAUGUGCUUCUUCCCCUGAUCUCUGAUUUGGUCAUUAAGCAACGUUUCUGGCAUGCCUUUUAUGAUAACAUCUCUAUUGCUUGUAUACUGUACUUAGUUGACUCGUAGUUUGGUCCUGACAGGGGCCAUGUAGCACCCGCGGGUACAGGUUAGGCGGGUCCCUCCCCAGCCCCCUCCAGGCUAGACCUAAUAAUGUAGACAAUAAAAUUAGCCAAAUAGAGAUAUAACGUUUUUGUAUAUUAAGGCUAAUCUUUAUCGCAGUAAAAUAUUACAGGAUAAGGCUAAAUAUAUGGGGUUUUUUUGGGGUUUUUUUUAAUUGAAAAAUAUUAUUUAUCAAUUCCUUAUUAUUGAUUAUUUAAUGUUAUUUCGCAAGAUCUGAGAUUCAUUUCAAUCACUUAAUUGGAAAGUGAUCUUAUGAAGAAUUUAAAGAUUGAAUUGGAAAGUGAUCUUAUGAAGAAUUUAAAGAUUGAACUGCUUGUGUUAAAAUGUCAGAAUAAGGAUCUGUUUGGUUUAAAUUGUAGGUAGUGUUUUCGUGAAACAUAAAAGAAAUAUGUAUUGGAUCUGUAUUGCUGUGUUUAUCUUGGUGUUUAAACGUGUCACAUUUGGUGAUAUUAUACACAUUUGAAAUCUCAGCAGAUUUACUUUUACUUUAUAUCUUGUGUAAACAACUGUUUUUUCUCGUUAUAAUUAACAUAUAACCCCUGCUUAUAUAUAAAUAUUUACUCCUUGACCCUCAACUCCUGCCCUGGUCUUAGUUUUGUACAGAUGUAAAACUCAAAAAAUAUUUAUUAAUAAUAUUCUAGCACCUUGAUAUUUAGAUUUUAGAAAUUGUAUACUUAAAUAAGAUAUGUAUAUCUUGGCACUAGGUUGUUGCAAGGUUUAGAUUUGUUUCUUUCACCCCAUACCCCUUUCUCGAUAGAUGUACUAGACAGAUUUCAGAAAAGCAUCUUUUAGUAUGUUAUUUAUAAUCACUGAAUUUCAUAGCAUCUGUCCUGCAUGACGGAGGAUACACCACCCUCCCAGUACUAUAUAUGCUGGGUCCAAAGCUAAUGUCCCCUCUGUUAUAACCAAUGAUAUUAUCAACACUUGCUUACAAUUUUCUCAUAUUCCACACAGUGUUGUAUUGGUAUUAAUGGUUUAGAUCAGAAAAAAAAUUACAAAAAAAAUACAUAUAUAUAAAAAUAUUGCUUCUUUUGUGCACAUCAUUUUGUGUCUUGUAUGUAAAUAACCUGACUGCACUUUGGAACAGUUUAUGUGUCUGAAUAUUAUCUUGUGUGCAACUCAUAGAUACAAUAAACUGUUGUUCAGUGUA